ACAAUUCCUCAUCUCUCCAGGAAGAUGAAGAGAUAGAUAUGGAGGCUGUCAACUGGCAGCUGAACAACACCUCCGUGAAUGGGCAUUCAUCUACCCCAACCACAGUUCGCUUUCCCAGCUGGGUGACUUUUGACGACAAUGAAGUCAGUUUUUCACCACAGAGCCUUUCUCCCUUGAAAACAGAUACCCCACCUGCAGAAACACAGACCCCAGAUGUUAACUUUAACCUCACUACAUCCUUUAAGAAACGAGAACGUCCUAAAAGCACGUUGGGGGACCUCUCCAAAAUUCAGAAACUAGAUCUCUCCUCCUUAACCAAGUUGCCUUCUGUUGAAACACCACCGUGGAGUGCUACUAAUCCCUUCCUGGAUGAAUCUCUGCGAGAUGUCCAACCCUCACCCAUCAAUCCAUUCAGCUCAUUCUUUGAGGAGCGAGAGAGGCGUUCCAAAAGCUCUUCUGUCUCCAGUGCUCCAGGCAAAAGCCAAAGAGACUCUCUCAUUAUUCUCCAUCAAGAGCCCGAUACCAUCAGUUUCCAUGAGGCAAACAAAAGUGUAACCCAUACAGAUGCUGUAGAGCAGCUCAAACUACUCCAGAUUGGAGACCCAGAUCAUGUGAGCAGUCCUGCCUUGCCUGAUGAUGACCCCAUGAUGCCAUGUGAUCUGGAUGCAGCUUUAUUUAACCUGACACCAGCUCAGCCAAAGGAUGGAUGGCCAAUGAUGCUCAGGAUCCCAGAGAAGAAGAAUAUUAUGUCAUCCAGGCACUGGGGACCAAUAUAUGUCAAGCUUACUGACAGUGGAUGUAUACAGCUUUUUUAUGAGAAAGGACUAGAGAAACCUUUCCGGGAACUCAAACUUGAAAUCAAUCAUGAGAUUUCAGAGCGCAAACUCCAGAACUACGAUGAGAAUGGAAGGAUACACAGUGUGCGGUUGGAUCGCACAACCUACAAGGAGAAAAAGAAGUAUCAGCCUAAACCAGCCAUUGCACACACAGCAGAGAGAGAGCAAAUUAUCAAGCUUGGGACUACAGAUUAUGAAGAUUUCCUUAGCUUCAUCUCUGCUGUGCAAGAUGCACUGAUGAACUUGCUACCUACAUCAACAGAUUUGAGCACAGUAGGACUGAACUAUCAAGAAGAAGAAAUCACUGUUGAUGUCAGGGAUGAGUUUCAUGGCAUCUUGGCCAAGGGAGAUAGUGUGAUUCUGCAGCACAGUGUGCUGACCCAUAUCUAUGUUCUCAGCUUCCUUUCUGGCCUGGCAGAAUGCAGACUGGGCCUUAAUGAUAUCCUGAUCAAGGGGAAUGAAAUAGUUGCAAGGCAAGAUAUUAUGCCCACUACUACUACUAAGUGGAUUAAAUUGUACAGCUGUCGGUUCCAUUCAUGUGUGGAUGAGGAUGUGUUUAAUAGCUCUCGUAUUAUCCUGUUCAACCCCUUGGAUGCCUGCCGGUUUGAACUGAUGCGAUUCAGAACUGUCUUUGCUGAGAAAACUUUGCCUUUCACUCUGAGGACAGCUGCCAGCAUCAAUGGUGCUGAGGUGGAGGUGCAGAGCUGGCUGAUGAUGUCCACGGGAUUCUCUUCCAAUCGUGAUCCUUUAACUCAGGUCCCUUGUGAAAACGUGAUGAUUCGCUACCCAGUGCCAAAUGAGUGGGUGAAGAACUUCCGCAGGGAGAGUGUCCUGGGGGAGAAAUCUUUGAAAGCCAAGGUGAACAAGGGGGCCACUUUUGGAUCAACUGGUCUGUCUGGUUCUGAGCCAGUAAUGAGAGUAACUUUGGGAACUGCCAAAUAUGAGCAUGCCUUUAAUUCCAUCGUAUGGAGGAUAAACCGACUGCCUGACAAAAACUCAGCUUCUGGCCAUCCUCACUGCUUCUUCUGUCACCUGGAGCUUGGCUCUGACCGAGAAGUGCCUUCUAGUUUUGUGCGCUAUGUGGAUGUGGAGUUUGACAUGCCAACCACCUCCGCAUCGAAAGCCACCGUGCGGUCCAUCUCUGUCGAGGACAAGGCCGACGUGAGGAAGUGGGUCAACUAUUCAGCACACUACAGCUACAAGGUUGAAAUAGAGCAGAAAAAAAGCUUGAAUGAGGAUCCGAAGGGAGAAAAUACUGCAAAUGUCAACGAAUGUGCUACACAGUGA